UGUUUACACAUAAAUCCAAUUCUCACCAACUCCCAUUCUUUUUGUGUAACAUAUAUGAAGAUCAACCUGUUUCCAACCUUCUCUAAUCAAUCAAACACAACUUUCUCAAUGGCUCUGUUUCUUACAAUUCCCCUUUCACUCAUCACCCUUUUCCUUUGUUACACAAUCUACCAAAAACUCAAAUUCAAACUUCCACCCGGUCCACGCCCGUGGCCAGUGGUUGGAAACCUCUAUGACAUAAAACCGGUCCGGUUCCGGUGUUUUGCAGAAUGGGCCCAAUCUUAUGGGCCCAUUAUAUCAGUUUGGUUUGGUUCGACUUUAAACGUUAUUGUUUCCAAUACAGAAUUGGCGAAAGAGAUAUUAAAGGAGAACGAUCAACAAUUGGCUGACCGACACAGGAGUCGGUCAGCUGCGAAAUUUAGUAGAGAUGGGAAGGAUUUAAUUUGGGCCGAUUAUGGGCCGCAUUAUGUGAAAGUGAGGAAGGUUUGUACGUUGGAGCUUUUUACACCUAAGAGACUUGAAGCUUUAAGACCUAUUCGAGAAGAUGAGGUUACUGCCAUGGUUGAAUCCAUUUUCAAUGACACAACCAAUCCUGAGAAUUUGGGGAAAGGUAUAUUGAUGAGGAAACAUAUAGGGGCAGUGGCAUUCAACAACAUCACUAGGUUGGCAUUUGGGAAAAGAUUUGUGAACUCAGAAGGUGUAAUGGAUGAGCAAGGAAUAGAAUUUAAGGCUGUAGUAUCAAAUGGGUUAAAGCUAGGAGCAUCUCUAGCUAUGGCAGAGCAUAUCCCUUGGCUGCGCUGGAUGUUCCCACUAGAAGAGGAGGCUUUUGCCAAGCAUGGUGCUCGUCGAGACCGACUUACCAGAGCCAUCAUGGAAGAGCAUACACAGGCACGCCAGAAAUCUGGUGGUGCCAAGCAACAUUUUGUUGACGCCCUUCUCACUUUGCAAGACAAAUAUGACCUUAGUGAAGACACCAUCAUUGGUCUCCUUUGGGAUAUGAUUACAGCUGGGGUCGACACAAGUGCAAUAUCAGUUGAGUGGGCCAUGGCUGAGUUGAUAAAGAACCCACGAGUGUUGCAAAAGGCACAAGAGGAGCUAGACAAGGUCAUUGGUUUUGAAAGGGUUAUGACUGAAACUGACUUCUCAAGCCUCCCUUAUCUACAAUGUGUAGCCAAGGAGGCUAUGAGGCUGCACCCCCCAACACCAUUAAUGCUCCCACAUCGUGCCAAUGCCAAUGUCAAAGUUGGUGGCUAUGAUAUUCCCAAAGGGUCCAAUGUCCAUGUAAAUGUAUGGGCCGUGGCCCGUGACCCGGCUGUGUGGAAGAACGCAUCGGAGUUUAGACCCGAGAGGUUUCUUGAGGAGGAUGUAGACAUGAAGGGUCAUGACUUUAGGCUACUGCCAUUUGGAGCAGGUCGUCGGGUAUGCCCGGGUGCUCAACUUGGAAUCAAUUUGGUGACAUCUAUGUUGGGUCAUCUGCUGCACCAUUUCUGUUGGGCACCACCUGAGGGAGUGAAGCCUGAGGAGAUUGACAUGGCAGAGAGCCCUGGAUUGGUAACAUACAUGAGGACUCCACUUCAGGUUGUGGCUUCUCCAAGGCUUCCCUCAGACUUGUAUAAACGUGUGCCAGCUGAUAUUUAAUUUUUUUUUUCUCAUACUUAAAUGUUGUUGUUUUCACAUUGCUGAGAAAAUUUCCUUGUGGGAUUAUUCCUACCAUUCUGUCUAUGUAACUAUCAUUGGAUUACAAUGUAAGAACUGUGGAAGAAUCAUGACAAAAUUGACUUUGUCCAUUCAGAGUUUGGAUUGAAGUU